UCUCUCUCUCUCUCUCUCUCUCUCUCUCUCUCUCUCUCUCUCUCUCUCUCCGAAAGAAGUCGACGAAAUGUCAGAAUUCGAAACAGAAGGGAAUCUCUUUCACGUGGGUUAUGCUUUACCCGCAAGAAAAAUUAAUGCUUUCAUGGUGCCAUCAUUCAUCGACUUCGCUAGAGAACGAGGCAUUGAUUUCAUAUCAAUCGACGUUUCAAAACCACUCACCGAUCAAGCUCCCUUCGACUGCAUCCUUCACAAGGUCUACGGCGAUGAAUGGAACCUCAAUCUCCAGAAUUUCUCCGUCCACAACCCCAACGCCACCAUCAUCGACCCUCUCUCCGCCAUCCAACGCCUCCACAACCGCAUCUCCAUGCUCGAACCCGUUUCUCAACUCAACAUACCCCAACUCAAAAUCCCAAACCAAAUCCUAGUUCAAGAUUCCGAGUCUUUGAAAAAUGUCGAAACUACAAGUGGUUUGAAUUUUCCGGUGAUAGCGAAACCCCUGCUUGCCGACGGGACCACUAAAGCGCACGAUAUGUCACUGGUGUUCAACCAUGAUGGGUUAAUGAAAGAAAUCAAACUGGAGCCACCCAUGGUGCUGCAACAGUUUGUGAACCACGGCGGGACCAUCUUCAAGGUUUAUGUAGCCGACGACUACGUUAAAUGUGUGAAACGGAGUUCGUUGCCGGAUCUAUCUAAGGACACCAUAGAGAAGAUUGCAUCAGACUCCGGUGGUGCUAUAAGUUUCUCUCGGAUAUCAGGUGCUGUAAUCGCUGACGGAAGGAGCGAUAAUAACUCCGGUGAGGAGCUAAAGAUGCCGGCGACUGAAUUCCUCGUUGAGGUGGCGAAGGGACUGAGAAAGGCUCUUGGAUUGCACCUGUUUAAUUUCGAUAUGAUUAGAGAUGGUGAAGGAGAUGGGUAUCUGGUGAUUGAUAUAAAUUACUUCCCUGGUUACGAGAAAUUGCCUUCUUAUGAAACUGUAAUGGUUGAUUUCUUCUUGAAUAUAAAGAAAUUACAGGAGUUGAAGAAGACGACAAAGAAGGAGAACGACGACAGGAUUGAUGAAACAGAGGUUUAAAUUUGUAUUUUAUUUUUUUGGUAUUGGUGUAUGAUCGAGUGAAUGGAUCGGGAUUUGUAGUUUAGAUUUGUUUUCCAAUUAGGUUGACCAAAAUAAUAAUAAUAAUAAUAAUAAUAACCAAGCGACAUGCCUCACUUCAUUCACAAA